UGCUUCCUGAUUGCUCACCCUGUUCUUUCUCRUUCUUCUACCCUGUYGGUACUUGCAUAYUGCAGCUUGACAUUUACWGCUCCCUCGUGCAUUAUCCAUGAUGGAUUCUUCAGAGAGACAAGGCAAACGCUCACRACGCCAAAGCAGUGCGGGUGUCGASAACUYGCCUAAAAAGUCUAAGGCAACCCCUGUUGCUGGGGUUGACAAAGCGGAGACGCCGGGAUCUAGGGGUACUGCGCAGCGCCGACCGUCGAGCUCCGCUAUGCAGACCCCUACGCAGCGCAGUGCGCCUCAUUCGGGCGACCCGUCUGGUCGCCGCAGUGCUGGCGAGGAGACCGUUAGGACGAUGGGGAGUGGUCGAGGGUCCAGUGGUYUUGGUCAAGGGYCUGUGCAGYGGGUUACAUCUCGUCUGGGUCCGUCGAGUGGUCAACGCAGGGGUGACGAACAGCAUGCCCGGACUGUGGGGAGCGGUCAAGGGUCUGGUGGCCGUGGUCAAGGGUCUGSUGGUGGUCCGAGCGGUCGAGGGUCUGGUGGUGGUCAGCGAAGCUGCACACAAGMUACAGUGCGGCAGGCAGGUUCGGGGGAGAGGUCUGUGCAUGGACAGGCAGAUAAAGUUCCCGUCAUAAACUACAAAGAUAAAUUCUGGAUGUUGGACYGGGUGGGCGAGGCGGGGCAAGCUGGAAGUGGUUUGAUGUUGUACRUGGUAUUCAGAGAAGAUAUUAGACYGAUAGGUGGUAUUYAAUCUUGGGCAGGGAGGGAUGGUCAKCUCGCCACUUUCGAGUUAACUAUGCAACUCAACGRCAAAGGUCACAGAGUUGCAGAGACGAACCAUGUUGUUCUCAUGUGGAGAAACCACAAGGGAWAUGGUAAGUCACUUGUGGAUGUUUUCAAUCCUGAUCCGGAUAGCCGACUCCGGUUACCUGACCUCCGCCAAGUUCUCGCGUKCUUCGACACGAAUUCGGUGGAGGGCCAUCGUCCGGUGGCCCACAAAGAAGACACUAUUACGGAACCGAAAAGUGUUYUGUCAUSGGCGCGUCCAACUGUGSGUGCCAUAACGAUUCGACAGCCAUCAGUGACCACGCCCGCCGUCCGGGAAGAGAGACAACACACUCUYGUAUCCACGUCGGUGGUCCCUCGAGCGGGACAAAUCGCUGCCAAGRGCUCGGCUCAUGYUMAGGCUCCGCCGCCGGCUCCGAAGAAAUUCCRUUCGGUUGGAGUGAAAGAGCCGYUGUCCGUGUUACAUGACAUUGUGCGUACAUCAAGCAUGUGUGCUGAACCUAUGUAUGGUGUUGUGCACCGUGGUGUGCAACCUUUGUAUUUCGGUGAUCCGGGAGAGGGGAGCAGUGGCGAAGGUUCACAGAGGGAAGAGGAAGAGGAAGAGGAAGGUUCUCAAGAGGGGAACGAUAGUGAGAAUANCGGUGAUCCGGGAGAGGGGAGCAGUGGCGAAGGUUCACAGAGGGAAGAGGAAGAGGAAGAGGAAGGUUCUCAAGAGGGGAACGAUAGUGAGAAUAUAAUUAAAAAUCAGAUCCGGUUGCGGCUUGCUCGACUCAAUCCAAAUGUUGCUUCAUCGAGAGUGGACAUAAACGAGGUUUUUCAGGAGCUCAAGGCAUUGCGAAGACUUGAGUACUUGGAAGAAUUUUAUGACAGACAAACAAGCCCGGCAUUUGGAUAUAACUGGCGCAUUGAUGAGGGCGAUGAGACCGGUGGAAAAAGGGGACAAGGCCCUACCGGUGGAGCGAGUGGAGAGGGAGGUGAACACCCAAGUGGUGACGAGGGCGGAGGUGACGAGGGAGGAUGUGAUAAGGGAGGUGAUAAGGGAAGGAGUGGUGAGGGUGGAAGAACAUCUGAAGCGCCUGGGUAUAGUCAGCCAACAACAGGCACAUCAAAAGGGCAAGUCCAUCGUCACCGUGCGAGAAGCGCCAGUGGUGUAGGAGGGCACAUCGACAUUCGUGGUUUGCCGCAGGUCAAGCUGUCUACUGCAGUGGAACAGGUUGACGAGGGAUGUGAAGGUGGGCAAAGUGUCACCACAAGACUCACAGUUGUCACCGUGACAGAUAAUGAAUGGUGUGAUGGCAGUGGCGCAAGUGUCUUCCCCGUUGGUGAGAAGGGCAAUAUUGGUAGCCCACAAGGCCAUAUGUGGAUGUCUAUGGAUAUUUUGCCAUAUGGGUUGGAAAGCCAAGGGCGGCUCAGGGCAUCAUUGGAUGAAACCAUGUAUCUGGUGGAAACGGAACAGCAACUCGAGCCUCACACUCCACUUGAUGAAGAGACACUCAAAGGCGAUUUAGAGAUUCCUGCAGAAUUCCAAAGUCCGAUAUCAGAGGAGAAGGCACAACGAGAGUCUCAGGAGGCGGGUACUAUAACAGGCUACCAGGAGGAAGCUAUGCUUGCGGAGGAGAUGGAACCGGGCGGCGAACCUAACAGUCCAUUUGAUGAAGACAUCCCUGGUCGCGACUUCGAUACUAGUAUUGGAGGGUCUCAGGAUUCGCCUAUUGUAUUCGAUACUUCUGGGAAGAACGACACUCUUGAGGGGCUUGUGGCGAAAGAAGCAAUUCAAGUGUCGGACAUCGAAGAGGAUGAAGGACAUAUUGUACUGACUACUCCACAGCAACUGACACUUGUGGAGGAAGGACGAGAAAGUACUCUUCGAACUCUUGUGCAGCAGUUCAGCCCAUCUGUCAAAGUGAUAAACAUCGAAGAAUCCCCUUUCACAUCAAGACAGUUCGGAGAUGCAAAAAAAGACGGUGCUCAAGGGAAAACCGCAGUUAGAGCACUUACCUUACGAAGUUAAUAUAUGUGUAAUAUUGUACCUAGAACGAGAGAUGAUUUUUCGGUUUUGCAUGCUACUGUGCAUUGGAACUGUUCCAUGUUUAUUUGCAUAUAUGUAGCAUGCCUUAUAGUGCGUCCGAAUCGGUAAAUGAAGCACACGAUCUACU